AACCCCGACAAUGACACGAUGCCCUGGUGCCACGUCUACAUUGGACAUGUGGUGAGCUGGGAAAGAUGCCGCCUGGACUCCUGCCCUGACCAAGCAGCAUCGGAGUGCGUGUCGGGCAGCGGCGGGGAUUACCGGGGCACGAUGAGCCAUUCAGUGUCGGGGAGAGUGUGCCUGAGCUGGGACAGCGAGGAGCUGCGGCCGCGGUUGUACAACGCCUGGUCAAGCAAGGCUCAUCAACUGGGCCUGGGCAGCCACAGAUACUGCAGGAAUCCCAGUGGAGACAGCGAACCUUGGUGCUACAUCAGGAAGGGACGCAGGGUCAUCAAGGAGCACUGUGGCAUCCAAUCAUGUGACCCAGAAGUGGAGAUAUGUGGCAAGAGGGAGCCGGAGAUGGCGCAGUUCCGGAUCCUGGGCGGCUCGCCCGCGGACAUCAGCUCCAAUCCCUGGCAGGUUGCCAUCUUAACCUUCAACCGCAGGGAGAAGUCGUGGAACUUCCUCUGUGGGGGAAGCCUCAUCCGCUCCUGCUGGGUCGUGUCUGCUGCUCACUGCUUCGAGAACAGGUCGAGGAAGCCUGGGCAUUUGCGGGUGGCGCUUGGCCGCACGGUGAGCUGGCAGGAAUCGGCAGCAGAGCAGCUGCUCCAGGUAGAUGACUACUUCCUGCACAAGGACUUCGACAGCGAAACAUACGACCACGACAUCGCGCUGCUCCAGCUGCGAUCCCAGGAUGGUGUGUGUGCCCGCCCCACGCGCCAGGUGAGGCCGGUGUGUCUGCCGCGGAGAGGCCAGCGUCUAGCCGACUGGAUGGAGUGUGAGAUCUCCGGCUAUGGCCGUGAAACACGCAUUCUGUCCCCCACAGACGACCACAAGUACUCGAAGCAGCUGAAGGCCGCCAACGUGCGCCUGUACCCCCAGAGCCAGUGCACCCCCGCACGGCUGGAGAACCGAACCGUCACCGGCAACAUGAUCUGUGCCGGAGAUACAGUCGGCACCAACGAUGCCUGCAAGGGGGACUCUGGGGGGCCGCUGGUAUGCCUGGAGGGGGAUCGGAUGCGCCUGCAGGGGGUGAUCAGCUGGGGGGUGGGCUGUGGAAAGAAGGGUGUGCCAGGCGUCUACACCAAGGUACAGAACUACCUGGACUGGAUGCAGAAGCUGAUGACAGCACCGGACAUCAGCAAGUACAAGAGCCAUCACUGGAAGGAAUAGCAGGGUAGGGCAGAGUGGCCUUAGCCCGGGGGUUGGAGGUGUCGGUCACUGCUGUCUGUCUGUCUGUCUGUCUGUCUGUCUGUCUGUCUGUCUGUCUGUCUGUCUGUGUCUGACUGUGUCUGACUGUGUCUGUCUGUCUGUCUGUCUGUCUGUCUGUCUGUCUGUCUGUCUGUCUGUCUGUGUCUGUCUGUCUGUGUGUCUGACUGUGUCUGUCUGUCUGUCUGUCUGUCUGUCUGUCUGUCUGUCUGUCUGUCUGUCUGUCUGUCUGUCUGUCUGUCUGUCUGUCGCCCUCAGGCCCCCAGCGCCUUCGGCAGAAUCUCACCGCUCCUGUCCCCACCCUCCCGCGGGCAGGGGGGACACUGCCCCUCCCACAGUCUCCUCCACCCCCACACUCCACAUCGUACCAAUAAAUCUGGUCAGACUGGCAGCUCUGGCUACUGAACCUGGGCCUGGAGUCAAUCUCCCACUCACAUAGACACACACGCUCACACACACGCUCAGACGCGCGCACACACAAUCACACACACACACACGUUGUGCCAGGGGGUGCCCACACUGCACUGAACUGUACUUGACCCACAGCUACACACCGUCCCAGUCCGGCACUGGGACAGCCCCCCUCCCCCGUCCUCAGUUAGCUGGCAUUAGCAACAUCAACCUUUGCUUCAAGACUACUGUGAAUUCAUCAUUUGCUGCUUUUGCCUGCCUGCGUGCGUGUGUGUGUGUGUGUGUGUGUGUGUGUGUGUGCGUGUGUGUGUGUGUGUGUGUGUGUGUGUGUGUGUGUGUGUGUGUGUGUGUGUGUGUGUGUGUGUGUGUGGGUGUGUGUGUGUGUGUGUGUGUGUGUGUGCGUGUGUGUGUGUGUGUGUGUGUGUGUGUGUGUGUGUGUGUGUGUACACGUGUGUGUGUGUGUGUGUGUGUGUGCGUGUGUGCGUGUGUGUGUGUGUGUGUGUGUACACGUGUAUGUGCGUGUGACUGCGUGUGAGUGCCAGUGACCGAGCGAGCAACCUCACGAAGGUUCAGUUUAGUUUUAUUGUCCCGUGUACCGAGGUACAGUGAGAAGUUUUUGUUUCGUGUUAUCCAGUCAGCGGAAAGUUUGUAGAUUAAUCGGCCCCUCUGUAAACUGCCCCCCCCCCCCCCCCCGUGUGCAGGGGGUGGAUGAGAAAGUGGGAUAACAUAGAACUAGUGUGAACGGGUGAUCGAUGGUCGGCAUAGACUCGGCGGGCCGAACGGCCUGUUUCCGUGCUGUGUCUCUAAACUAAACUAAAAUGCACGAGAAUCUGGAUUCUGCUGUGCAAGUGUAUUUGCACACUCGCGCAGAUUGUGAGCAAGUGUGCGAGCCUGUUUGGGAGUGAGUGUGCAGGCACAUCUGUGUAAGUGAGUGAGAACACACAAUCCACCUUCACAGAUCACACUUCCGUUCGGACUAAACUAUUUAUUGUUCUGUAUUUUUUGGAUGUUUUAGCUUUUUUUUCUGGAUUAUAUUAAUACAAUAUUUAAAUAUUUUUUGCAACGUGUCUUCCUUUUCAAAGGACAAGAAUAAAAAAAUGAAUUAUUUGCUUA